CACCCAGCAGAGUAUCUCGCCAGGGCGCCCCCAGCCACUCGCAGCUCCAAACGUUCCCCAGCUCUCCAGCUCUGCGCCGGCUGCCACAGAGCCUGCCAGCUGCGCGCAAAAGCAAGGUCCUGACCAGCGAAGCAGAGAAGAGGCGGUGGCCCCUCUGUUUCCUAGGUCCUGAGGGGCUCAGGACAAUAAAAGAGCCCACCCCCGGCCAGUAUGCAGCCGCCCUGGGGCCUGGCGCUUCCUCUGCUGCUCCCCUGGGUGACAGGUGGAGUAGGGACCAGUCCAUGGGAUUAUGGGUUUCCAGCACUGGCACACCAGCCUGGGGUAUGUCACUACGGAACUAAGAUGGCCUGCUGCUAUGGCUGGAAAAGGAACAACAAGGGAGUGUGCGAAGCUGUGUGUGAGCCCAGGUGCAAGUUCGGUGAGUGUGUGGGACCGAAUAAAUGUAGAUGCUUUCCAGGAUACACCGGGAAGACCUGCAGUCAAGAUGUGAAUGAGUGUGGAUUCAAACCCCGGCCAUGCCAGCACAGAUGUGUGAAUACACACGGUAGCUACAAAUGCUUUUGCCUCAGUGGCCACAUGCUUCUACCAGAUGCUACAUGUUCAAAUAUCGAUGAAUGUGCGACUAGCAAAGCAGUCUGCCCUUCCAAUCGAAGAUGCGUGAACACAUUUGGAAGCUACUACUGCAAAUGUCACAUUGGUUUUGAACUGAAAUAUAUAGGUCGCCGAUAUGAUUGUGUAGAUAUAAAUGAGUGUGCUCUGAAUACCCAUACGUGCAGCCCCCAUGCCAAUUGCCUCAAUACCCAAGGAUCCUUCAAGUGCAAAUGCAAGCAGGGAUAUAGGGGCAAUGGUCUGCAGUGUUCUGUGAUCCCUGAACAUUCUGUGAAGGAAAUACUUACAGCACCUGGGACCAUCAAAGACCGAAUCAAGAAGUUACUGGCUCACAAGCGCACCAUGAAGAAAAAGGUGAAACUUAAAAUGGUCACCCCAAGACCCACCAGUACACGCGUCCCUAAGGUCAACUUGCCUUACAGCUCUGAGGAGGGUGUUUCCAGGGGCAGAAACUAUGAUGGAGAACAAAAAAAGAAGGAAGAGGGAAAGAGAGAGAGGCUUGAAGAAGAGAAAGGGAAAAAAGCCCUGAGAAACGAGGUGGAACAGGAGCGAACCCUCCGAGGGGACGUAUUCUCCCCUAAGGUAAAUGAAGCAGAGGAUUUGGAUCUGGUCUACGUCCAAAGAAAAGAGCUAGAUUCCAAACUGAAGCACAAAGCAGACUUAAACAUCUCAGCUGACUGCAGCUUUGAUCUUGGAGCCUGUGAUUGGAAACAGGAUAGAGAAGAUGACUUUGACUGGCAUCCUGCUGAUCGAGACAAUGAUGUUGGUUACUAUAUGGCAGUCCCUGCACUGGCAGGGCACAAGAAGAAUAUUGGCCGAUUGAAACUUCUCCUUCCCAACUUGACACCCCAAAGCAACUUCUGUUUGCUCUUUGAUUACCGCCUGGCUGGGGACAAAGUAGGAAAACUUCGAGUAUUCGUGAAAAAUAGCAACAAUGCCCUGGCAUGGGAAGAGACUAAAAAUGAGGAUGGAAGGUGGAGGACAGGAAAAAUCCAGUUGUACCAAGGGAUGGAUACUACCAAAAGUGUCAUUUUUGAAGCUGAGCGUGGCAAAGGCAAAGCUGGAGAGAUUGCAGUGGAUGGAGUCUGGCUGGUGUCAGGCUUGUGUCCAGAGGACUUUUUAUCUGUGGAGGGUUGAAUGUCCCUGUCCUUUAUAGCUUCAUAUGUGGCUUUUUAAAUGUCAUUUCUCCAGGGUAUCUUUUUAUAGAACAGCCUAGGACUCUUCCAUUUUAUAAAUACAAUCUGACAAUGUGUAAUGUUCCAACAGAAAUAUUAUCAUAAGAUGCCUUUUUUGUAUCAAAUGUACUAAGACUUGCCUUAUAUACAGUACCACUGUGCCUUCUCAUUUGUUUCUGAAUUUUCCACAUUUUAUCACAAAAUGUAGACAUGCCAGCCCGUCUCCCCCUGCCCUGUAUGUCUGCUCUUCCUACAUAAGUUAGUGAACUUUCCUAUGUAACAACAUAGAAUAAUGACAACAGAAAAUGAUAAGUACAGAUAAAUGGUUAAUUGUUGGGGCUGGGAAAAUGACCCAGUGGUUAAGUGUUCAUUUCUCUCAAGGACCUAGGAUCAAUUUCCAGCAUCCACAUGGCAGCUUACAACUAUCUGUAACUCCAGUUCCAGAGAAUAUCCUUCUGG